AUGGUGGACAACAACGGUGCCAUCACCGCAGCAAGCGGAAACAGCGACGGUGACGACAAGAAGGUUGGGGCUGGUGUAAACGGUGGGGGAGAAAACGAAAGAGACCACAACUCCUCCCUCUCUUCUGGCUCGGGCUCGGAGGAGUUCGACGACGCGAUCCUACCUAGGGGGCAGGUCGAUCCUGUGUAUGAGGAGAAGGCGAGGAUUCUAAACCGGGCGAUCCAAGAAAUAGGCAUAGGACCCUACCAAUACCUCCUCUUCCUCGUCGUCGGCUUCGGCUGGGCGAGCGACAACCUCUGGCCCAUCGCCACGUCCCUCAUCCUGCCCCCCGUCGCAUUGGAAUUCCUCCCUUCCCGCCCGGCAUACCUCACCCUCGCGCAAAACAUUGGGCUUUUGGCAGGGGCGAUAUUCUGGGGGUUUGGGUGUGAUGUUUUUGGGAGGAAGUGGGCAUUUAACCUCACGCUUGGGAUCACGGCCGUGUUUGGGAUGUGUGCUGCCUCCAGCCCAAACUUUGCGGCCAUAGGGGUCUUUGCGAGCUUGUGGAGUUUUGGGGUGGGGGGAAACUUACCGGUGGACAGUGCGAUCUUUUUGGAGUUUCUGCCGGGGAGUCAUCAGUGGUUGUUGACUGUGUUAAGUGUGGACUGGGCGGUUGCGCAGGUGGUGGCUACGUUGGUUGCGUGGCCGCUUUUGGGCGGGAUGACUUGUCAGGAGGGAGGAAACGGGGGUUGUGAGAGGGGGGAGAAUAUGGGGUGGAGGUGGUUUUUGAUUGCGCUCGGGGGGUUGACGUUGUUGAUGUUUGGGUUGAGGUUUGCGGCGUUCAAGAUUUUCGAGAGUCCCAAGUUUUUGAUGGGGCAGGGAAGGGACGAGGAGGCUGUGAGCGUGGUUCACGAGGUGGCGAGACGGAAUGGGAGGGAGAGCGGGUUGACGGUGGAGGACUUGAGGAGGGCUGAGCCGGAGGGGUAUGUGGCGAGGACAAAUGUCAAGGUUGCCGUGAAGAGGAGGUUGGAGAAUGUCAAGAUGGAAAGGGUGAGGGUGUUGUUUUCGACGAGGAAGCUGGCGUGGUCGACGGGGUUGAUUAUGGCUAUUUGGGCGUUUAUUGGGUUGGGAUAUCCCCUUUACAAUGCCUUCUUGCCGUAUAUUCAGGCCACCAGAGGAGCCGACUUUGGAGACGGGUCUACUUACCUGACAUAUCGUAACUCCCUCAUCAUUGCCACUGUUGGCAUCCCCGGAGCGCUUCUGGGAGGAUAUCUGGUCGAGCUGCCUCGCUUCGGCCGAAAAGGGACGCUGUCUUUGUCGACAGUCUUGACCGGAGUGUUUUUGUAUUGCUCGACAACGGCACUUGACUCCCAAUCGCUACUCGGCUGGAACUGCGCGUUCAACUUUACGAGCAAUGUGAUGUACGCUGUUUUGUACAGUUUCACGCCAGAACUGUUUCCAACACCCCAGAGAGGGACGGGGAACGCUUUGACGGCUACGUGCAAUCGCAUUUUUGGCAUCAUGGCGCCUAUUGUGGCCAUGUUUGCGGAUCUACGAACUGCUGCGCCGGUCUACACCAGCGGCGCUCUUUUUAUCGCUGCCGGAGUUUUGGUUCUUUUGUUGCCAUUUGAGUCAAGGGGGAAAGCGGCGUUAUGA